AUGCAGCUAUCGUGCUUGCGGACUCCAGUCGACUGCCGCGCCGGCAGCUGCGUCAAAGCACAGGUGCGCUUCCACACCAGCGAGCAGAGUGACGGGUCGCAGAUGCUAACUGGAAGCUGCAACAAUGGAGACUACUUUGAGGAGGAGAUUGUGCCACAAUCCCCCCGGACCAUCCUCCCCCUGGCAAGGAUUGCGGCAAGGGGCGAGGGCUUCCUGUCCGGUGCAGAGUUGGCCGGCUUUGACGCUGCGCAGGUUGGCGCACAGAAGGCCGGUGAAGCAAAGACUUUGGCGGUGGAUGUCGCGCCCAUACCAGGAUAUGAUCCCUCGUCGAUUGCCGGCUGGCGUCUGCAUCCGCCAUCUUCGGACCAGGCCGAGGCAGAGCAGGCUGUGGCCUCGGACAGCCCCUUCCAUGCGGCAGAGGCUGUGGCCCUGGACGGGCCCGACCCCACCUUUGACUUUGUCUUUCCAGAGGAGCCCUUGCUGGGACGCCCACAGCACCGAAUGGUGCCAAAGCAUGUGGCUCCUGCAGGGCAGGUGCACGCGGGCGUGCAGACGCAGCCAGAGGAGGUCGAGCUCCACGAAAGCAGCAACCAGCGCUUUGCUCGUGAAGCAGUUUCCAGGAUUGGGCUGGUGCCGCUGACCAUUUGUGACGCUGGCGCGUGCCCAGAAUUCAGACUGCAACGAUGCCAAGUGGACUGUCCGUGUCCCCGGGAAACAUCCAUGCAUGCGAAUCAUAGCUUGCCGACGGCUUCCAGGACUGCCAGCCCCCGAUCUGCCGCAGAGCGCCAGGGCGAGGAUUUCGCCGAGCCUCCGCCGAAGGCGGAGGCUAAAGAGUUCCAAGCCACAGUCGAGACACGGCCGCAGGACUCUCAGCAAGCGGACCCGAAGCAAGCGAAAGCGUCUGGCCAUCCUGGAGCGAAGCAGGAGGAGGAAGAGGAUGAGAGACGAGAGCCCUCCUCCAAUGUCGAGUCCAGUGCUGGCCCUUCGCAGGCACGGGGCCAGAAGGAGAAGGCCGCGGCGGGCCCUUCAUCCAAGCAUCUGCAGCCGCCAACGAAGGCGAGGCGUCCUCCAUCAGCAACACCGAAAGCAGAGGGCCCAGGCAGCGCGGGCCCUCGGAGCAUGUCGGAGGACGGAGCCUGCGAGGAGCGCGCGGAGGCCGCGGACCGUGCAGAGGAAUUGGAGCCGGCAAGGGGCCGACGAGCCAGUGCCUCCAGUGCCGUGUCGCAGACGAGCACACUCUGCAGUGGGCGGCGUGCAGACAGCAUCGCCGGCUCUAUGACUCUCUCGGUGUCUACUAGAGGUCGCCGAAGAUCUGUGUUGAAUCCUGGAGCCGUCAUCCAGGACUUGGAGGCUUCAGAGGAGUAUGAGUACGCGCGGCUCUUCCGUAUUUUGUUGGAGAUUCAGCGGAGUGGCGACCCCGCUUCGAAUUGCUGCCUGAGAGAUUUUCUCGCGGAAAACUGUGAAGUCACUGACCUGGUGCUCGAUGCCUUGCCUUUCCUUCAACAGGUUGAAGGAGGGGAGAUUGUGCUGCCUGCGAGCGGGGACGUGCGAACAGAUCCGACCUUCCGAGAGUUCCUCCACACGAUGAGGGAGAGGUGUGUCUCCAAUGCAACUCUUUUAAGGAUCUUCACGAAGCUGAGCCAGCGCGGCUCGGCACCGGUAGAGGCCUGUCGUGCUGAAGCCCAGAGGUUUUGCCUCGACCGCUUCGAUGCGAACCUUCGUCAGAGCGAAUGGGAGCAGAUGCUCCAAGCUGCCUUCAACGGUGCUGGCGAGGAGCUGACCCCAGGCCAGUGGAUGCACAGCUGUCGAUGGGCGUUGCAGAUUCCAUGGUCCCGUGUGCGACAGGCCGGGGGUGGCUCCAAGCGGCUCAUGACUGCCGUGGUCGACAGCUUCACGAAGGCGCUUUCCGACGUGGCGGCACAGUGCAUGGCUCCUGAGGAUGUGUCGGGUGGCUUAGAAAACUUCUGUCGGCGUGUCAUCGUGCCCCUCAACGGAGUGCUUCUCAGAAGCCGAAGUGAGGAGCUGGUGUCAGCGCUUGACCUCCUUGACAAGCCAGAGGUGAAGAGGUUGAUGACCGACUGCAGCACUGGUUUGAACAAGCUCUUCUCCUGCUAUGCCACGGAGCCCACGGCGCGGAGGCCACAUUGGAAUUCCGACUCUGUGACGAGGUUCGCCAUAGACUUCGACUUCCUUGCCGAGGUUAGCAACCUCCCCUUGCAGCGCAUGUUCCAGGAUGCCUGCCAGCACACGGCAAGCAACUUUCGAGCUGCCGAGGAGAAGAUGUUGGUGGAAGGCUUCCCGCUCUUCCUCCUCAUGUUAGCAAACAAGACCCACACGAGCCAGGUUUGCAACGCUCCCGAGGAGAGAGUUCCGAUUCUCUUCCAGCGCAUCAACGCGAUUGCUUGCACGGCCACACAGGCCCCACGCUUCGGUUUGGCCAAGGAGCAGCUGCUGCCCCUGUCUCGGGAGAUGCCAGGCCCGCGGCGGAGCUUCUCCGCUACGCCGGGUCGCUCGGACAGGCUGGAAGGCAGCCGACGGGCAGAGGAGUCUGGCUUGUCCUGGGACGAACUCCUGGGCCCUGAGAGCUUCGAGUCCUUCUGA